AUGGGUAAAAGAGCAUUACGGCUCGUUCGAGGGCAUGAACAACAGUACCUCUGCAGCCAACCAGGCGCCAGCGGACCGUUCUCCUUCAUAGCUCUGCUGGAUAGGCCGAAGGCCUCCAACCAGGCGUUUGCACGGGAGUUCGGGUAUGAGGGACAGCAAGGGAAAGUUAGGAACAACAAAAGCACGCAAAAGACAACGGCGGUAAGCGAUGAGAUCCGAGAGCUGAUCAAAAGUAGAAAUCGUCUGGACAUGCAAAUCUACCGAGAGAUCUGCUUGAGAAUCGACCCGGGAAACCCAGCAGGUUGUGACAAGGCGACGGGAGUGAUCGAGACGCCUCCGCCCGAGGCUGAAGGAGGAAAAGAGGGAGAAAGCAGAAGAAAUAAAGAUAAUAAUGCCUCUGUUAUCAUCAAGAACAAAUAA